AAGCAGCCCUCAGCGUCCCAUCUGGUCCAGGCUUAACCCAGCCACAAUGGUAAACCGCCCCGCAGGCUUCUUUUCUCUUGCCAUCACCCUUUGCAUCCUGCUGGGAGAAGGUAUGGGCCGUCCUCCCCUCGAGUCCCACCUAGCUGCAAUCAGCAGCAGGCACCCCAGGACAAAGAGAUGUUCCUGCAACAGCUGGCAGGACAAGGAGUGCAUUUACUUCUGUCACCUAGAUAUUAUCUGGGUCAACACCCCAGGACAAACUGCUCCCUAUGGCUUGGGAAGCCCACCAAGGCGUCGAAAGAGAUCGCUGAACAGGUGUGAGUGCUCGCACUCCAAGGACAGCAUCUGUGCUACCUUCUGCCAGGCAAAGCCUUGGUAUCUUGGGAACCUUAAGCUCCCACCGAGCCGUGGCGUAUAGGUCAAGUCUCCGCACAGUGACCUGAAGCAUCCACAAACUGAUCUUCUGAGAACCUGA